UUUAGUCAAUUCUGCUCCACUAGAAAUGAUUCGACGCGAUACACGUAAUUUUGCAUCCAUUUGCCAAAUGCGUCGUAUUUGCUCCAAUUGCCAUCUCAUAAUCUAUGCUCAGCAAACACACGAAUGUCAUCAACAACGACAACCUCAGGAAAAUUGUACAAAAUGUAAUGGUCCUCAUUCUGAGGACCAGCCAUGCUAUAUUCAACCAUUGUCUGUUGAAGCAGAGGAAGAAGAAAUUAUUGAACCUGUAUUAAAUGAAAAUCAACAACAACAACAACAAGCAAAGAGACAACGAAAACAACCAUUACGUCUAUGUUUUUUCGAUGCUGAGACCAGCCAGGAUGAGCCAGUCCAGAUUAGUAAUAAUAUUAAUGGAUAUAGACAUGUUCCACUUUUAAUUAUUGCCGAGGUUAUCUGCGAAAAAUGUAUCCUGGCAGGAAUUAGUAUUGAAAAUAUUGGACAACGUGCUCCAGGAUGCUUCUGUGGAAAACCAAGAGGCCAACGUUGGUUAAAUUGGUGUUCCCCACCAUUCAGAAAUGCUCCAGGCGACACCACCGCCCGUCCUGACAACAUAAUUUUUAAUCCUAGGCGAAUGUUUUUUCAUUCGUUUGACAACGCAGAAGAGAACCCUGUUGACCAAUUUCUCGACUAUCUACUUAAUCAUGGUUCACAGAAUAUGCUGACAAUCUGCAUUGCUCACAAUGGGGGAAAGUAUGACUUUCAUCUGUUGUUAGAGGCUCUUCAUCGGCGUAAUCAACCGCCAACGAGGUUAUGUACAACGGGGUUAAAGAUCUACUCAAUGACUCUUGGCGGAAAUCAUCAGAGAAAAGUUCAAUUCAAGGAUUCGCUAAAUUAUUUCUUUUGUGAACUUGAUGCUCUUACCAAGAUUUUUGCUCUACCAGAGGAUGUGGCAACAACAAAGCCAUUUUUUCCUUAUCUCUUUAUACAACGUCAACAUUUACAUGAAAGAAUAAUUGGGCUCCCUCCUCUUGAAUAUUACCAGGCUGAAUAUAAAAAGGCUGACAAGCGUGAUAAACUCCUCGAUUGCUUCGUGAACAGUUAA